AUGGCUCCCGCUGCAGCCUUACUAGAACUGAUGGGACAUAUUUGCCAUCCCAGCUUUCCAAAACUGCUUCAAUAUUACCACCAUGACACAUUAUCUAUGUUGGUAUGGGAGCCAACUGAACUGUCAGUCGAUCACAUUCUAGCCUCCAGCUGCUCAAUCACCGCAGAUGAGAUUGUUAGCAUUGUCAGACCGGUACUAGAAGGCAUCCAAUAUCUACACGAGCUCGGAAGAGCACUUGCUACCCUGGGCCCGGAUACGAUCCUGCUUACACAGUCUGGUGAUGUCAAGAUUAGGGGCGCUGAGAGUAGCUGUCAAAUCAGUCAAUCGGAAAUGAAUUCCGCCACGAUGAAAUUAUGCGCUCUAGCCGAUAUCGUCACCAAGUUGAUGUUAAAGAAUCGGACCUACGAGUGGGAACAGGAGAUCCAAAAUUUACCUCGGCAGCUGGAAAGUGUCUCUAUCGAGGAACUAUUGCAGGAUGAGAUAUUCACCCAAACGUCCAGCGAAGGGGAGUUGAAGUUGUUGGUCAGCAUAGCGAACAAGACUGCAUAUCACGGUAUCAAAACCUACUAUGCUCGUUGUUGA